UCAGUUUGGUUUAAGCAAUUUUGAGGUCCGAUUCAAAAUAACUUUUAGAAUGGCUUCCUGGAACUUUGGACUUUUACUGGGAUUACUCAUAAUAUACGAUUUUAUCCCUGCUAAUGAAGGAGUGGAGAUGAGUCCUAUGAUCAUAAAACAAGUAAAGAAGCUGAGAUUGAGAUGUAUAAAUCAGACCGGAGCCUCCGCAGAAAUUAUGGAAGAGUUCACAAGAAAGAGAGAAAUACCCAGCUUUCCAGAGUUUAAAUGCUUUAUACACUGCAUGUUUGAUAUGUUCGGAUUGAUUGACUCCCAAAACGUUAUGCACUUGGAUGCACUCCUGGAAGUUUUACCUGUGGAAAUACACCAUGUAAUUAAUGGACUAAUAGAGGCCUGUGGCACUAAGAAGGGUCUAGAUGGCUGCGAAACCGCCUAUGAAACUAUGCAGUGCUACAUCAACGUAAACGGAAAAUUCAUCUGGGACGAAAUAAUAGUAAUGCUGGGGUAGCGGUCACCCACCU